AAAUAUAUCUCGAGAGCUAUUGCUCGCCGCUCUGCUACCAUUUGUAAUGCACUGGAGAAGUACAAUAAAAUGGCACCGCUUCAAAUACCUCCUCGACCCAUCCUCAACUACGCAGAAGUUGUCGGAUAUGCCACUCUUGGUGAAUUCACCCUUCUGAAAUAUUCUUGUCAUGAUCUUCUUGCAAAACCAUGGGCGGUACCUGAAACUCGGGAAAUGAGCGCCAAAUACUUUAAACUUGUCCGGUCUCAUGAGGAAAUCACCCGUUUGAAUGUUGAGAUAGGCCAUCUUGAUGCUUGGGUUGAGUAUGACGACAAAAAGAUGCUCGAAGUCAUUAAGAUGUUGGUUGCUGAUGAUCCACCCUCUCUACUUGCCGCUGAGUUGAGGAAGCAAUACUCAGUCCACCAUCGCAUCAACAACGCCCAUCACUGUCGCUUACACAAGAUUCGCCAACUCAAAGGCUACAGCGGCCCAAUUCCGGUUAUGCAACAUGACUUUGCAGAGGAGGGUCAAGAUGAUGAAGGGAGUGGAGACCCUGAGGAAAAUGAUGAGUUGGGUGACAAAGCUUCAUGCCUUGAAGAUACCAUUAGUUGCAUUCGAUAA